CAAACGGAAGCUAUGGUGGCGAUUACUUUUUACGUCAGAGAAGAAGCGCAGAUAUUUCGAUUGCCCGAUAUUCUACUCCUCUACACAUUAUUAACAGGGCGUUGCUGCGAAAGAGCAUGCAUGCUCAGUCAACUUACCCUGGUUAAUGAUAAUAAAAAAAUAAAUAAUGACAUCAGUUCUGUAAAUGAUAUAAAAAUAUGGAUAAAGUAACAUAUUGUAACAGCGUACCGAACUCUUAUGGUCGAUGCGUAGGCAAUAAGGAUCUUGCUCUUCAGUGAAAACGAGUUUUGUACAGUUAUUACAGUUUAUUGAGCUAGGUUCUAGAAUUGGGUUUUCGUCGAAUGUUAUAAAAAGCUCAACCACUAAACUCUUACUUCUCGAAAACAGUUAAACAUUUUUAUUUCGAGGAUCUGUGAGAGAAGUCGCUUUUCUAAAGACGUCACGUCUUCCAUACGGAAGAGGACGUCAUCUUAUAAUAAUCCGCAUCCCAGAAUCGCAAGAUGUCAUGGAUUCGAGAAGGGGAACUGAGCCUUAUCGAGCGGCUCUCCGCUAAUAUAUUGAAGGCUGGGCCGAUGCCCAAGCACGUGGCCUUCAUCAUGGACGGGAACCGGCGGUACGCCCGCAAGCGCCACGUGGAGAGGCAGGAGGGGCACACGCAGGGCUUCGACAAGCUGGCAGAGACGCUGCGUUGGUGUCUGAACCUGGACAUCCGGGAGGUGACGGUGUACGCCUUCAGCAUCGAGAACUUCAAGCGCUCCAAGGAGGAGGUGGACGGCCUGAUGGAGCUGGCCAAACAAAAGUUCGCCCGGCUGCUGGAGGAGCAGGAGAACCUGGAGAAGCACGGCGUGUGUAUCCGGGUGCUGGGGGACCUGGCCCUGCUGCCACUCGACCUGCAGCAGGCCAUCGCCAAGGCCGUGGUGUCCACCCGGGGGCACAACAAGUGUUUCCUGAACGUGUGUUUCGCCUACACCUCCCGACACGAGAUCACUAACGCCGUGCGAGAGAUGGCCUGGGGGGUGGAACAGGGCCUCAUCAGGUCCAGUGACGUCUCAGAGUUGCUGCUGAGUGAGUGUCUCUAUAGCAGCAGUUCGCCGGAUCCAGACCUACUCAUCCGUACCUCGGGGGAAGUGCGACUGAGCGACUUCCUGCUGUGGCAGACCUCCUAUUCGUGUUUGGUGUUCCAGUCAGUGCUGUGGCCAGAAUACUCCUUCUGGAACCUGUGUGAAGCCAUUCUACAGUAUCAGCUGAAUUACCUGUCCCUGCAGAGAGCUCGAGACAUGCACAAGGAGCAGCAGGCCCUCCAGCAACUCGAGGCUGACCGCCGCUGCGUGGCCGAGCUCCUGAUGCAUUCUGGGAGCGCUAAGGGCAACGGGAAGGACCCCCAGAGCCGGCAGGAGCACCUGCUGACGUACGCGACCGACCGGGAGGACCGGGUGCGAAGCUUCCUGGAGGCGCUCCAGCUGCAGAGGGACAGUUACUUUAAUGACCUGAACGGUCAGGUCCCUCCCGUCUGACCCACAAUGCACCACUACAGAAGGGCAGUCGCUCGUCCCUGCAGAUGUGUGUGCAUAUAGGUGAACUGAGAAGGCUCUUUUACCCCUAUGGGGCUUUGAAAUAUUUAAUUUUACAAGGUAACGGGAGAAGUCUGCGGAAAAAUCUAUCGUUUGAUAUGUAUGCGCGCGUGCAUGUGUUUAUAUGAUAAUUAUAUUUUAUCAUGUAUACAUAAAUUAUAACAUAAGAUUGAGACACCAGUAAUAUUGACUGCCUUGAGGGGCACACACACUUGUGUGCACGACCAACCUGUGAGCAUUGUGGUCUGAAAAAAGUCAAAAUAGAAAGUUCUCUACAAGGAGAAACUCUGCAUUUGUGAGCUGCCUUUGAACCAGUCCUACUCUUCAGGAUUGUGUGCAUAUUUAACUACAUACUGAACACAAUAGGUCUUUGGCUAGAUUUCUCCUUUGACUUGAAUACAUUUGUUAUUUUAUUCUCACUUAAAUGUAUUUUUUUAAAUGUGAGACCACCACACCUACACAUGUUAAAUGUAAAACAAUUAAGACGUUUAUUUUGAUGAUAAACUACCCAGCUGUUGGUACGUGGUCCUGUAAAUGUAAUUCGAAAGGUAUUAAAAUAUAAUGUCUGUA